UGGCGCGGAUAAUGCGAGCCGCGGGGAACGAGCACCUGCUGACCAGAGUUACGUACGCGGGCACCGGACAUCUGAUCGAGCCGCCGUUCUCUCCUCACUUCAGAUCCUCCAACUUCAGAAAAGUUGAAACUGGACAGAAAGCGAUGCUGCUGUGGGGCGGACGGACCAAACCGCACUCAGACGCUCAGCAGGACGCCUGGAGGAAGAUCUUAGCGUUCCUGCAGCAGCAUCUUUACCGCAGAGCGACCCUCACGGCCAAGAUGUGAAACCAUCACAGACCACGUGCAGGUCGCCCCCUCGCCGAGGCGCCUGCGUUCAUACCGUCAGUGCUGUUUUGGUAAAUGAUGGCGUCGGGUUGGUUGUUUCGGUCAAAUUGUUUCUGUAUUUUCUUUUUUGAAUCUGUUUCAUUAUCUGUAAGCUUUAACUGUGAGAUGUGGCUUCAUGUGACUGUUUCAUUAAUGAAUGCAGACGUGGAUGUCUGGACUCCAUCCAUCCAUUUUCUUCCGCUUA